AUGGCCUACGUGUUUUCGCGACAGCAAGAGACUGAUCCAAAAUCGCCGAUCUUGAAGCUAUUGGAAUCGAGACGUUGGAUCUCACGGUCGAUAACCCGCAGAGCGUUCAAGCUUGUUUCAAAGAGAUCGAGUCACGACGGACGAAACUAUACCAUCCCAGCUAUGGACGUUGAUUUACAAGAAGCCCGAACACUCUUUGAGACUAAUUUCUUCGCCGUGAUCAUAAUGUGCCAGACAUUUCUGCCUUUGCUUAUGAAAGCAAAAGGAACUGUUGUGCAGAUUGGCUCUGUAUCAGGAAUACUCCCGUAUGUUUUCGGCUCGGUGUAUAAUGCCUCCAAAGCAGCUCUCCAUUCAUUCAGCGACACCCUAAGAAUCGAGCUUGAACCAUUUAAUGUCAAAGUAAUUGUUGUGGUCACUGGAGGCGUUCAAUCUCGGAUCGCCCACGAGGACCGCAAACUUCCCCCCAGCUCAAUCUACCAACCUAUCACGACAGAGUACAAUCGACGCGUCAAGCACAGCCAGGAAGGCGCCAUGGACUGCCAUGUGUAUGCUCAGAGCGUAGUGUCACAGGUUCUAGGAAAUACAUCAUCCCCGACUUCUCGAUGGUACCAGAAUUGGAUCUGGGAGGGGAAUCGUACAGGUAUGAUCAAGUUUUUGGCGGGUGGAUGGCUGUGGUUUGGGUUCUAUGGAUGGCUGUUCUGGCGAAUGUUCAAUUUGAAUAAGCUCAGAAGGGGAUAA